UCUGCGCUGGAGUGAGAGAGGCGGGGCCGGGAGGAGACGGCGAUGGGGCUGGCUGAGGAGGAAGGCGGGGGAGGAAGGCGGCGGUGUUGCUGCUGGUGUUGCUGACGACCUUCCUCGGGGGAAGCGAGUGGGAACCCCGUCCCGCCCAGGCAAGGUCCUGGCUGGGCUGGUAGUGGCAGCGGCGGCGGCGGCUAAGAAGAUAGAAGAAUAGAAGCUGUCAAGAUGAGCAGAAAGCCUCCAAUCCGUCCGGGGAUCACAUUUGAGAUAGGUGCUCGUUUGGAAGCACUUGAUUACCUACAAAAAUGGUAUCCUUCACGCAUUGAGAAGAUAGACUAUGAAGAGGGGAAGAUGCUUGUCCACUUUGAACGCUGGAGUCAUCGUUAUGAUGAAUGGAUUUAUUGGGACAGUAAUCGAUUGCGACCCCUUGAGCGGCCAUCGCUAAGGAAAGAGGGUCUAAAAGAUAAUGAUGAAUUUGUUGAUUUUAAACCUGGAGAAGAAGUUCUAGCUCGUUGGACAGACUGUCGAUAUUAUCCUGCAAAGAUUGAAGCAAUUAACAAAGAAGGAACCUUUACUGUACAGUUCUAUGAUGGAGUGAUUCGGUGUCUUAAAAGAAUGCAUAUCAAAUCUAUGCCUGAAGAUGCCAAAGGGCAGGCGCGUGAGUGGCGGCAGAUAGCACCGGAGCUGAGAUUAGUGACGGAUAACGAGCCACAUGAAGACUGGAUAGCCUUGGUCAAAGCUGCAGCAGUGGCAGCAGCUAAAACCAAAGCAGGAGUUAAACCUCGGACCAGUGUGAACAGCAGUAAAGACAAAGAGGAAAGAAAAUGGUUUAAAGUACCUUCAAAGAAGGAAGAAACUUCAACCUCGGCAAUUGUGCAGGAAGUCCAGAAGAAGGAGGAGCAGCCUACAUCCAGUGAGACACUUGGAUUCCCUCUAGUGGACGUCCCAAAGAUUGCCUUUGUACAGGCCGAGAAUGCAUUGGCACACAAGAGGAAAAAUAAUCUAGGCAACUCAUUUCAGGCAAAGAGGGCUCGACUUAACAAGAUCACUGGGUUGUUGGCAUCCAAAGCUGUCAGCGCUGAUGGUGCUGAAAAAAAGGAAGGCAACAAACAAGCAGCUCCAGUCUUGGAGCAGGAGAUAUCACCUAAGCCUCAAAGUCAGAAAAAAAAUGAAGCUGAUAUUAGCAGUUCUGCCAGCAUUCAGAAAUCUGCACUGUUGCCCUCAACUUUGUCUUCAGGAAAGGCUCGCAGCAAGAAAUGCAAACAAGAAUCUGGAGAUUCUGCAGGGUGUAUAAAGCCCCUUAAAUCACCAAUUUCCCCAGAGUUAAUACAAGUGGAGGAUUUGACCCUGGUCUCCCAGCUUCCUUCUUCUGUGAUAAAUAAAACUAGUCCAUCACAGCCAGUGAGUGCCCUUAGAUCCUUCAAAAAUAGCCAGCGGAGAAGAUCACAGCGUUUAGCGACUGGUUCGUUGCCUCUUGAUUCUGUAGAAAAAGUUCCUUCUCCCUCUCCAGUCACUGAUAGAAAAGUAUUCUCCAUCACUGCCCCAAAUCAGCUGCCAGCAUUACUGGAGGUUCCCUGUGUUGCUCAUGUCUCUCUUGAGAAGCGCGGACUGUGCCUCCCUCUUGACUUAAGCCGUAACUUGGAUGUUUCAGCGUUGUUAACAGCGGAGGCUGCUUUCCGCAGUGAAUACCCCAUUAAAGCGAAGGAAGAUAAUCAGAUGGUGUUAUGUCAUUCUCCUAAAGCAGUAACCGAUGGCAGAAUAGUCCCAGUGGCAUCAGGAACGUUGAAAACGGAGAGAAAAAUAAAAUUAGAAGAGAGAUGCUCAUCAUUGCUUGGUAAAAAGAAAGAGAAGGAUAAAGAAAGGAAGGAGAAGAAGGAAAAAGAUCAUAAGUCAAAAGUGAAGAAGAAGAAGAAGAAGAAGAAAAAGAAGUCCAAGCAGCAUGAUUAUUCGGAUUUCGAGGAUAGUUCUCUCGAGUACUUGGACAGGUGCUCCUCUCCAUUCACCAGAUCUUCUGGGAGCUCACUGACGCUACGGAGCACAACAGUGGAGAAGAACACGUCGUAUCAGUUCCCAAGGGCUAUUCUGUCUGUCGACCUUAGUGGUGAAAACCUCUCUGAUAUGGAGUUUUUAGAUGACUCUUCUACUGAGAGUUUGCUGCUGAGUGGCGAUGAGUACAAUCAGGACUUUGAUUCAACCAAUUUUGAAGAAUCUCAGGAUGAGGAGGAUACUCUAAAUGAAAUUGUCAGGUGUAUCUGUGAAAUGGAUGAGGAAAAUGGCUUCAUGAUUCAGUGUGAAGAGUGCCUCUGUUGGCAGCACAGUGUGUGUAUGGGCUUGUUGGAGGACAGCAUUCCGGAGCAGUACAUCUGCUACAUUUGCAGGGACCCACCUGGUCAGAGAUGGAGUGCCAAAUAUCUCUGUGAUAAAGACUGGUUAAAUAAUGGCCGCAUGUGUGGUCUAUCGUUUUUAAAAGAGAACUACUCUCAUUUGAAUGCCAAAAAGAUUGUUUCAACACACCACCUCCUGGCUGACGUAUAUGGGGUUACGGAAAUACUGCGUGGCUUACAGCUGAAGAUUGGGAUACUCAAGAAUAAGCAUCACCCUGACCUUCACCUGUGGGCUUGCACAGGUGUGCGGAAGAAUCAAGACCAAAUAACACUUGGAGUGGGAAGACGAGUGUUGGCUGUGCCAGAUGCCAUUAACCCCCCUGCAAGGACGUGUCAUGGUCAAAACCAUAAAGAUCCCCCUCGUGUACCCCAGAAGAUGGAAGAAACGUACAUUACAAGUGAGCACAGUUACCAGAAACCCCAGAGUUUUGGUCAGGACUGCAAAUUGAUGACCAAUCCCAUCAGCUCAGAUGAUGAUGACACCAGCAGUUUUGAGGAUGAUCCAGAGCUUCCCUUAGAGGAUAAAAACUGUUUACAAUAUUCAUCUAAAGAAGGUGGAUUCAGCCAUCAGAGGCAUUUGGCUGAAGGGAACACUGUGUUUGUAUUUAAUGAAAAAAGAGGAGCUGAAGAAUGUGUGGACUCCCGUCUUCAGUGGCAGCUAAACCUCCUCACCCACAUAGAGAAUGUACAGAAUGAAGUUGCUAGCAGAAUGGACCUGAUUGAAAAGGAAGUGGACGUUUUAGAAAGCUGGCUUGACUUCACUGGGGAAUUGGAGCCACCGGAUCCCCUUGCACGGCUGCCUCAGCUCAAGCGUCGGAUCAAACAGCUCAUAUCUGACAUGGGAAAAGUCCAGCAAAUAGCAACUCUUUGCUCAGUAUGACAAAGAGAAAGCUAAAGGAAUACACACAUAGGCUCUUAACAAUGAAUUCCAUAUGAUUCACAAGACGUGAUGAAAGAGUGAUUACGAAAAGAGAAAAGAAGCUUAAACACUGUUCCUUGUUCUGUGUCGAUUGUCCCAUUAUCCUGAAAGUCUAGAGAAGAGGAAGAAAGAACUGGUCACGCCAACAUGGCCUGCAAGGCUGCUUUCACAGGCAGCAUCAAGGGAGAAAUCUUUAGACUGGUGUUAAAAAAAAUAAAUAAACCAGCCAAAGCAAGCUGUAGUGGGAGAAGGAAAGCAAUUGCAAUGUUUUCUUUCAGUGCUGACAGCAGAACAAGGAGAUUUUCACCCACCGGUAUCUUGAAGGAUGGGUAAAACUGAGCAAAUGCCUGUUUUCCCUUGUGCAACAGAUGUUAUCCAGGAAAAUGAAAAGCCUUCUUACUAGCUUCCUUUUUAUAAAAAAAAAAAAAAAAGACUUUUUUCUGCAGUGGUCUCUUCAUGAAUAUUAUUUUUUUAAGCAAAACCUUCCUUGCAUUGAUCUUCUGCUGCUUUUUAGAAACAAGGAGGGUAACAGUCAGAAGUGCCAAAUAACAUUUUGAAAAACCACUGAAACGAGAAUGAGAGUUGUUUGAUGAGUGUUUCUCCCUCUUCCCCCCCCUCGCCCCACUACCCCAGCAGAGCCCUCCAUAUUGCCAGCAAACCAUCCAGAAUUGUACCUAAUUCAUAUUUGUGUUCAGCCGAAGCUUAACAGUAUUCAGGGCUGCAGUACACUUAUUUUUUAUUUUUUUGGUCCUGAAUGACUCUGGAUAGCAAUUUGAUUUCUGACAUUCUUGUUCUCCUCAGCUGGAUUGAGGAAUGGCCAGAGCAUCCAGAACACCAGCACCUGGCUGUGAAACAGGGCCACUUACCAUGUUAACUAUUUUUAGAUUGGGCAGUAUCUCACUCACAAAGCCCAUCAGUGCAAGGAUUUUUGCUUGCGGAACAGAUCUCUCCUCCUCCCCCCAUGCAUACCCCACACCCUCCCAAAUCUGUUCCAAAGGGUUGGGGGAACCCCUAGACAGGAUUUAAGGGGAGCGUGGGAGGGAGGGUGGCACAAGGGGAAGUCCUUGUGCCAAUGGGACACGUUAGUUGGAUACUUCCCUUUGUCUGGAAAAACAACACAAUCUUGCGACGUGAGGAGUAGUUUUCUGCAGAUGUCUCGUGAGAUACACCUGUAUUGUAUGCCAGUGAACUUUGAGUUGCUCAGCUGCACCUGUGUCUUUGGUCCAAAUAAACCUUUCCUGCACUAUUUGAAAUGCUGGAGUGACCUGCAGGAUCAAUCCCUGUGAAUCAAAAUUGUAGUUUUGGGAGCUGCCCUCCUAAAGUGGAUAUGGUGAAAAAUCACUCAUAUUUGAGUGCCCCUAACAGAGAAUUGCUUGCCAUGAUCUGUUCAGGACGUUCACUUACGUGUUGGCAAAAUGUCAUGAAACCAAAGUCAACCUAGUUGCCAUGGGUUUUUUUUUUAAUUUUCUGGACCAAGUCCAGAGCCUUCACUUUACUUUUAUUCAUCUGCAUUAUUACUGCAGCCACUGCUACAUGUUGGAAUAUGUAUAUAUGUCUGUGUGUGCCACACACACUCAUAUACAUAUUGCAAUGCAGAGACAUAUUUAUAUUGACAAGUCUAGUUUUAUUACAAUAGGCUAAGACCUUGGUGACAAAAUACUUAAAAUGUUACCUUUUAACAAGCAGUUUCUUAAAAAAAAGAGAAAAUGAAAAUAAUGUAUGUACAGGUUUUGAAAUUUGUAAAAAAAAAUUAAAAAAAUAUUGACUGUUCAGAAGAGGUUAUGUAACUGAUAACAGCACGAUACUUGAACACUUUAUGCCUCCCCAACUGUUUUCAGUGCUGGUGAUAUGUAUAAAAGCAUAUGAGAACUGUAUGAUGGGCCAUAAACUGGGAUAAGAGUACAAGCCACUGUACAUUAAAAAAUGUAUUUAAAUUUGCAGAUACACUGUUCUAUAUGUAAGGUACUGUAUGUAAAGCUGUUUAUUAAACUAUUCUGCAUACUCUG